AAAAACGAAACCAACGGUCGUGGUCAGCCAAACCCAUCUAUCCCCUUCGCCGCAGAGGCGAAAGACUGCCCCGCCUCCCCGUUCGCCGCCGCGACCAUGGCCGCGCUCCAACCCCAACACCACCUCCUCCUACUGCGGCACCGUCCGCUCGCCCUCCGCCUUCGCCUGCCCACGAGGCCGUCGAGGGCCCACCGCCUGCUUCCCCGCGCGCGCGCGGUGAGCGCGGCAGCGUCGACCGCCGCGCUGGAGGACUUCCGGCGGUGGCUGUCCUCCCAUGGCACGGGCGAGGGGAAGGCCUUCCCGGCCUCCGUGCAGGAGGGCCUUGGCCUCGUGGCGGCGCGGGACUUGCCGCGCGGGGAGGUCGUCGCGGAGGUGCCCAAGAAGCUUUGGAUGGACGCCGACGCCGUCGCGGCCUCCGACAUCGGCCGCGCGUGCGGCGGCGGCGGCGGCCUCCGGCCGUGGGUCGCCGUCGCGCUACUGCUGCUCCGGGAGGUUGCGCGCGGGGCAGACUCGCCGUGGGCGCCCUACCUCGCCAUCCUCCCCCGCCAGACCGACUCCACCAUCUUCUGGUCAGAAGAAGAGCUCCUAGAGAUACAAGGAACACAGUUACUGAGCACAACAAUGGGUGUGAAGGAGUAUGUGCAGAGUGAAUUCGAAAGCGUUGAAGCUGAGAUCAUAAAUGCGAAUAAGGACAUCUUCCCUGGUGCGAUAACAUUUGAUGAUUUCCUAUGGGCAUUUGGAAUACUCAGAUCAAGGGUAUUUCCAGAGCUGCGUGGAGAUAAGCUUGCUCUCAUACCAUUUGCUGAUCUGGUUAAUCACAGUCCUUUCAUUACCUCAGAAGGGUCCAGUUGGGAGAUCAAAGGAAAGGGCCUUUUUGGUAGGGAAGCCAUGUUCUCUUUGCGAACACCAGUGGACGUUAAAUCUGGAGAACAGAUAUAUAUUCAGUAUGACCUGGACAAGAGUAAUGCUGAACUGGCACUUGACUACGGGUUCAUCGAAUCAAAUCCAUCAAGGGACUCAUAUACUGUGACCUUGGAGAUCUCUGAAUCUGAUCCAUUUUAUGGAGACAAGCUUGACAUUGCAGAGUUAAACGGGCUGGGGGAGACUGCGUAUUUCGAUAUAAUCCUGGAUGAACCCCUUCCCCCGCAAAUGCUUACAUACCUACGGUUACUUUGCAUUGGUGGAACAGAUGCAUUUCUCUUGGAAGCACUCUUCAGGAAUUCAGUUUGGGGCCACCUUGAACUGCCACUCAGUCCUGACAAUGAGGAAUCAAUAUGCCAGGUCAUGAGAGAUGCCUGCAAAUCUGCCCUUGAUGCUUAUCACACCACAAUACAAGAGGAUGAAGAACAAUUGCAAACAGAAAAUUUGCCAUCAAGACUUCAUAUUGCGAUUGGAGUAAGGGCAGGCGAAAAGAAAGUACUGCAGCAGAUUGAUGAUAUUUUCAAACAGAGGGAGGAGGAAUUAGAUGGCCUAGAAUACUACCAGGAAAGAAGACUCAAGGAUCUUGGUUUAGUCGGUGACAAUGGUGAAAUUAUUUUUUGGGAGACCUAGAGAUUGUUUCUGUAGUGUUAUUUGUCCAGAGAAAUGCAUUCCAACACUGCUAAGAAUUGCAUAGUGAGAUAAUCAGUAAAUUGGGAAAAUUGAAUCAUCAUCAGCAUUCAAAAGAA